CGAAAGAAGGUUGGGCACGGAGAAAGUACACACUUGAGUAGGAAGCUUAAAAGCAAGCAACCAUGUUUCACUUUAAGAAGAAAGACCGAGAUUCUAAGAAGGACAAAAAAGAUAAGAAGGAGCGAGACAAACAGGACAAGUCCAUCAAGCACAAAGACAGAACGAAGGACAAACCUAUGACAGAGGAAGAACUUAGCCGUCUCGAUGAAAUCAAACGGGGAUUAUUUCCAAACAGAAAAUCGAGCGUCACUAAAAAAUCUGAGCGCACCGAUAGUUAUCAUGCGCCGGGUGUGGAGAUACGGAAUAGCGAGUCCAACUAUAGUAUGGAGUUCACAAGUGGUAGCGAGGAGAGUCAAGAUAAACGAAAUAGUCUUGAGUUCAAUGUCGGCCAGGAUGAGGAAGACACAACAAGAGAGGCCAAUGGCACUCAAGAUAAGGUCACCAAGGCGUCCAAACCACCGCCACUUGUGAAGAAAGGUUCAGGUUCCAAGAGAAGUAUACUUAAAGGGAAGUCUAGUUACGGGUCUCCGGAGGUUUCCAAAGGAACUGUAUCAUCAAAGCUUGAUGACACCAUUGUCCUUGCUGAUAACACUGCCUACAAUGAGCUAAUCGCAGAGAAAUCAAGAGCGGCGUCGUUAAAGAGCAUCCCGCAGUUCGAUGAAAGUUUCCUCCAUCCGGCCGUCAGAAGUCCCGGUCCGGGGGAGAAAUCAUUCGACAUGGAGUUACCGCUACCGGAUAUCCUUCCCCCGCAACUGCCAAAGAAGCGAGAUGUCUCGUUGAACCGGCAACCCAACGGAGGGUUUGGAUUUACGCUGCGCCGUUGCAUCAUCGAGGAACGUAGUGGUCCCGGUGGGAAUAUAGCCAGACGGACCGUCCACUUUGCUGAGCCGAGCUCCACGCAAAAGGAAAAUACGACCGGUUUGCUGCCGGGAGAUCGUCUCGUGGAAGUUAAUAAUGAAAACGUUGAGUCGACACUGCGUGAUGACAUCAUCAGUAAGAUUCGAGGGUCUUCUGAGGCAGUCUUCUUAAAGGUGCAACCUAUACCGGAGUUAAUCGAAUUGAGCCAUCGUCACGGCGUGGAUGGAUCUGAGAUGUAUCUUGGGGAGCAGAUAUUGAAGACUGGAUCGUUGGCACAAAGUUCAAGUCUACGCAUCGAGAGAGGCAGGGCCAAAUCAGAUGCUCAGUUGGAUUCGGAGAAGGCAUGGCUUGGAGCAGAGAAGGUCUGGCUCCUCCACAAGGAGGGAUUCUCAGCCGCACAGCUCCUUCAAGCCGAGGGGAUCGUGCCGCUAACCGAGGGGCGCAUCAGGGUAAAGCUGGCUCACAGUGAUGACGCAUUGGAAGUGGAUGAAGAAGAUGUGGAGAAGGCCAAUCCUCCUCAGUACGACCGGGCUGAAGACAUUGCAUCCCUCCUCCAUCUCAAUGAGUCAGGGGUACUACACACGCUACGUCAGCGGUACGGAGCCAGUCUAAUACACACCUACGCUGGACGCAAUAUGGUCAUCAUUAAUCCGAUGCACCAGCUGUCUGUGUACUCGGACAAGCAUGCCACGGCAGUCAUCCAGCUGUUCAAAGGAUGUAAACAAGAGGACAUGCCACCUCAUAUCUACGCCACAGCGCAGACGGCGUAUCGGAACAUGCUCGCUGCCAGACAGGAUCAGUCCAUUCUCUUCAUGGGGCGGAGCGGAGGCGGGAAAUCCUGGAAUGCGAGACACACCUUGCAGUAUUUGACGCAGGUGGCCGGCACCAUCAAUAAUGCAGUCACAGUGGAUAAAAUCCAAGCAGUAGCAACCUUAGUGGAUGCCUUUGGGAGUGCUCGGACCAUCCAGAAUGCCAGUGCUACACGAUGUGCAUCAAUACUCUCGCUGGAUUUUGACCACAUGGGGCAAAUCGCUGCAGGCUCUCUACAGUUGUUGUUACUUGAGAAGUAUCGUGUGGUCAGGAGACCAGCGAAUGAGCGAUCGUUCAAUGUAUUCUACAGUCUUAUAGCAGGAGCUGAUGAAACUACAGCGAAAGAGCUGUUUCUGAACAAUCUAUCGGCUAGCAAUGUUUAUGUCACUCCACUGGAGAGGUCCGAAGACAGACAGCCUGCAGUGACUGCAUGGAAUAAAAUCUUACAUGCUUGCUCUGUACUGAGUUUCUCAAGUGAUAAUUGUAAGACGCUGUGGUGUGUCUUGGCUGCAAUUAUACAUAUAGGAGCAGCUGGGGCUGUUAAAGGGUCGGGAAGCAACAAAGCUCAGUUCCGCAAACCCUCCGAGGCCCAGAAGGCGGCUAACCUCCUCGGAACCACCCUGGAAGAGCUCGCCAAGAACACCUUCAGCCCUCGUAUGAUGGGGAAUGCAUCCCGUAAUGCACUGAGACCCGUUGCUCCUGAGCCUACGAUGGAUCAAGGAGGCACGGCCCAGGAAGCUCUGGAAGGGAUGAUGGUUGGACUGUACGGAGAGCUGGUCAAUGCAGUAGUCGCUCUCAUUAACAGGUCUCUAUCAAGUUCCUAUCGCACAAUGUCAUCCAUUAUCGUUGUGGAUCUGCCAGGGUUUCAGAACCCAGCAGCGUCUGGACGGCAAGGCGGUGCAUCGUUCCAUGAUCUAUGUAUCAACUACGCACAGGAGAGGAUGCACUUAUUGUUCCAUGAUUCCAUGUUCACUACCCAACAGGAUAAAUAUGCACAGGAGAACAUUGAUUGUGAGUUUGAGCAGGCAGAGUCUACACCAGACAGCAUGGUUCGUCUCAUGGACAAGCAGCAAGGGAUGAUGCGGACUUCUAACAUGGACCUCCGAGAUGUAGAUCAGAAAGGGUUGCUAUGGUUACUGGAUGAGGAAUCCAUCUUCCCUGGAGCCAACGACGAUAGCUUCAUGGAAAGGAUUUACGUACACUACGGUGAACAGGCCACAAAGAAGGAUGGUUUACUACGAGGUUGCAGAGAGAAGAACAAUUUUAUCUUGAAUCAUUUCCAGCAGACGACACCAAUCCAGUAUAACUCGACCGGCUGGCUCAAGGCAUCCAGAGAACAUCCGGUGGUCAGAAUGGCUAUCGUUAUACUCCAAGAGUCACAAAAGACUUACAUCAGUAGUUUAUUUGUGAGUUUGGCUGGGUCAUUGCCCAGUACGAUGGUGGGGUCAGUGGCUGGCAUAGAGGGCAGUUCGUCUCUACGCCGCGCAUCGAGCAUCAGGAGAGCAUGGUCCAGUGGUACUGCGGCCAUCAAGAGGAAGUCAGUCUGUCUUCAAGUCAAAUUCCAAGUGGACGGUAUCGUAGACUCGCUGCGUCGUACACAUCUCCACUUCGUCCAUUGUCUCUUACCCCAAGUAGAUGCCGGACUCUGUGAGCUAAAGAACCUUACAUCCAAGUCCCCGACAUCUCCAACCCCGACUUCAGACGGGCUCAUCAACGUCCCACUCCUCAGGAACCAAAUCAGAUCAUUGGAGAUUCUAGAAUCAACCAAAUUACACAAAUAUGGUUUUCCUGAGAGUAUGUUAUUUACUGAGUUUAGUCGGAGGUUUGAUUUAUUGGUUCCUGCCUCUGCCAGGACGACGGAACCACAACUAGAUGAGAGGAAGGUUGGCGUCAAUAUACGUGCAAAGGCCGUGGAGAACGUGUUGAAACACUCUGAUCUGGAUGCACCUAUGUACAGGCUUGGUCUCAGCCAGAUUUUCUUCAAACCUGGUGCCUUGGUGAAGCUUGAGGACCGUCGAGAUGAGCAGCUAGCUAAGACAAUAACCGAUUUCCAGGCUUACUGCCGAGGAUACAUACAGCGACGAAAACUCAAACAAUUCAAGAUCCAACAUCUAGCCAUCACCGCUAUCCAGCGCAAUGUGCGCAAGUUUUUGGCAGUUAAGAACUGGCCAUGGUGGCGACUGGUAACCAAGGUGAUGCCAUUGUUGGAUGUUCAUAGAACGGAAGAGGAACUUAAAAUGAAGGAUCAUGAACUGACUGAGUUGAGAACCCGAGUUGAGAAGUUGGAUAAAGAACGGAAUAUUUUGAAGCAUAACUGUGACAAGAUGGAAUCCAGGAUGGCUGAAAUGAGCGCCGAUCUUGCUGAAGAGCACACAACGGCCAACAACGCAUCUGAGAUGUUAGAAGGAGAAACGUCCGAACGGCUCAGACUAGAGAAAGAACUUAAGGAUAUGAAGGCUUCUCAUGUGACUCUACAGCGUAAGACUGAACGUCUUGAGAUGGAGGUGAUGGAGUCCAGGAUGAUGAGGUCAUCUUAUAUGGACGGGGACAUGGGGAGCAGUGAUGAAGAAGAAGAUUCCAUUUAUCGGACCAAGUACGAGCAAGCAAGACGAGAGAUUGAGCUGACUAAAAAGAGAUUGAACCAAGAGCACGAGGAGGAACUGGAAAGCAUGAAAGCUGCCAAGAAAGCCAUUGACAGACGGAUGGCGGAGUCCUUGGAGGAAGUCGAGGAGGAGAGGAAACAAGUCAGCAUGCUGAAACGCAAAGUACAGAAACUCAUAGGAGAGGCACAGGAUACCAGACUUCAUCUGGAGUCGCAACAGUCCAGGAAUGCUGAACUGGAAAAGAAGCAAAGAAAGUUUGAUGCCGAGUUACAUAAAAUACAACAAGAUCUCCACACGGAGCACUUAGCCAAGGAGCGAUUACAUCGGGAGAAAGAAGCGUCGGAAAGUGAAAACUACGUCCUUAAACAAGAACUUGAGGACCUCCGAAUGGACAUGACUGUCAAAGAAUCUCGCAUCGAGGAACUUCACUUUGAGAUGACAGACCUGUCCUCUCACGGCACCAAGGAGGUGAUGGAUAUUGCCUCCGUCAAGCGCCAGAAGAGGGAGCUGGAAGCCAAGAUUGAAGACCAAGAAGAGGAGCUGGACGACCAGGCCGGGAAGAUACUCCAACUGGAACAGACUAAGCUGAGAUUGGAGAUGCAGCUGGAGAGACAGAAGCAAGCUAGUCAGAAGGAGUUGGAAGUGAAGGAGGAGGAGUCCGAAGCUGCCAGGAGCACUUUCCAGAGCAGGCUGAAGCAACUUGAGAAUCAGAUGGAGGAAGAUUACAAGGAGCGGCAGUCGCUGAUGAGAGACAAACGGGACCUGGAGCACAAACUCUCUGACUCGCAGGAGCAUCCUCGCACCUCGGAUCGGGACGUCGAGAGACGUCUCAAGAAAGAUCUCAAGAGGACGAAGGCAUUGUUGAACGACGCCCAGAUCAUGAUGGACAAGCAGAAGGCGUCAGCUCCGAGCAGCACCAAGAUUAAACAGCUGAAGAAUGAGUUGGAGGAUUCACAAUACACUGCGCUGGCUGCAGUCAAAUCCAGACAGAGUAUGGAGAAUGAGUUAUCCGAGCUACAGAAUCAGCUAGAUGACGUCAGUAGGGCUAAGGUAGAGGUGGAAGAGAAGUUAUCUCAGCAAAGCCGUGAGAUGAACGACCUCACGACGAGACAAGAAGAUCAAGAAGAAGAUUUCAAUGAUCUCCUGAAGAAACACAAGGCUCUAGUACUGCAGAGUUCCAAUGAUCAGAUCAAGAUGAAUGAACAUUUGAGUCAAAUUAGUGAAAUGACUCUUGCCAAGCACGAACAAGAAGAGAAGAUUUCUGAGCUUCAAAACAAGCUGGAGUUCACUCACACAACGAUGAUCGACAAAUCUCAGAUGAUGAGAUUAGAAGGCAAGACACGUGACUUGGAGUCGAGGCUAGCCCUGGAACAAACAACAAGACAGAAGUUUGAGAAUCAAGUGGAGAAGCUAAAGGAGACCAUUGAUAAAUUGAACUUGGAGCAUGAUAGCAAAGGUAUACGAGACACAAAGAUGCAGGACAACGUUCGCAGGCUACAGAGGGAGUUACGGGAAUUAAGGGAAGAGCAAACGGAUCUGCAACGCAAGGAGACUGACACCACCAAGAAGAAGUUUGAAUUGGCCUCAUCUUCAACACUAGCCUAG